AGAACGCUCUGGUAUUGCAAGAAAAAUGAUUAUUGCGUUCCUUUUGCUAUGUACGGUCCACUCAUCUGAAGGCUUCAACUGGGCUUGGAGAAAACUCCCCUGCGAUGUGAAUCUCUCCAACACAUCCGUCACCUUGGACUGCUCAGAAAGAUAUUUAAAGAAAAUCCCCAAAAACCUGAUCUGGAACACAACUAACCUAGAUUUAGCAAACAACAAAAUACAUUGCAUCCCAAAGGACGCCUUCUGGAACUUAAACAACCUCACAUGGAUAAACCUAAGAAAGAAUCAGCUUGAAAAAUGCCAUGAGAAAGACAAUAUGAUUUUCUCAACACUGACUAACCUGGAGACUCUGCUACUUGACGAUAACAAGAUUUCGGUUUUCCCCAUAAAUCUCCCUGCAGGUCUGCAAUGGUUGAGCCUCAAUUCCAACCACAUCAAAACAAUUCAACAAUCAGACUUUAGAGGAAUAACUAAACUCAAGGUUUUAAAGUUAAACAAGAACUGCUACCAUAACAUCAGUGCAGAAUUAACCAUUCAGAAUGAGACGUUUCAACAUUUACACCUGAUCGAGCUAGAAUUAUCCAAAAAUGGAUUACAAAAAGUUCCAUCAGCUUUACCCAGAACCCUCCACAAACUCUCCCUUCUGCUAAACAGGAUUGACCAUGUUUAUGAAUCUGACCUAAACAAUCUAACAAAUCUAAAAAUUCUUGAUUUAUCUGGAAACUGUCCUAUUUGUUUUACCACUCCUUUUCCAUGCAUAAGCUGUCGGACGACCAAUAACGAUCUACAGAUUCAUCCGAAUGCAUUCAGCAAACUAUCCCAACUGCAAGACUUACGACUAUCCGGAAAUUCUUUACAAACCAUCAACUCUAUGUGGUUCCAAAACCUCACCAACUUAAAGUACUUGUAUCUUUCCUUUAACUCGCUAAUAAGCGAAUUUGAAAGCGGACAAUUUUUUAGCGUUCUACCGCAAGUGGAGGUUGUCGAUAUCUCCUACAAUAACCCAUCAGAAAGAAGUUACCCAAGACUAAAACUCUCAGAAGGUUUCUCCAGAUUGGAAUCACUACAAACGCUUCACCUGGAAGGAUAUAUUUUCCACACACUCUCCGAAGACGACCUCCGACCUCUUUUUAGUUUGCGAAAUCUCUCCGUUUUAAACCUGGCCGUCAACUUUCUCCAGCAGGUCAACUUAUCGGUGUUCAGGAACUUUCACAACUUGUCUUUAAUUUCGUUGAUUGACAACAGGCUAACUUUCUCAAGUCCUUUCCGAAGAUGGGAGGGUCAAAGUCAAAGUUGUUUUAACGAUGAUAAUCGGGAAGACCAUCGAGAAGGACCUUACAUUCACACAAAUGAAAAUUUUCGCCAUUAUCCUCCAUUCACCAAAGCUGAGUGUCUUGCAACUGGACCAGUUUUGGAUCUCAGCAGGAACAACAUUUACCACGUCAAUCCACCUUUAUUCACAGGAGCGGAGAACAUCACUUGCCUCAAUCUUUCCUCCAAUUUCAUAGUUUCCUACUUCAACGGCACAGAGUUUGCCCACUUUCCCAAACUCAAGUACCUUGACCUAUCUCACAACAGAAUCUACAUGCAUUCAGAUUCAGCUUUGAGUGAACUGAAGGAAUUAGAAGUUCUGGAUCUAAGUCACAAUCAACAUUAUUUUGAAGUGGCGGGUGUCAGAAACUGUCUUACAUUUCUAGAAAACCUUCAGUUUCUCAAAGUACUCAAUCUGAGUUGGAACGAGAUCAACAUGCUGACCAAUAAAACCCUGCAAAGCGACUCGCUCAACGAACUGCAGUUUCAAGGCAAUCGAUUGGACAUCAUGUGGAAAAGGCAACGUGGCUACAAAAGUCUUUUUAAAUCUCUUUCAAAUCUCACAUACCUUGAUAUUUCGUAUAACAAGCUUAGUGAGAUACCAGACGAUAUCUUCGACUACUUUCCAAAGACGUUGAGAUAUAUUAGCAUGAGCAGGAACACGCUCACUGAUUUCGCAUGGGAACAGCUCCAAAAUUUACCCCAGUUGGAAACUCUGGAUCUGAGUAAAAACAAACUGAGCGUAGUCACUUGGAAACUAUCAAAACAUACAAGAUCAUUGAAGGUCUUAGACUUGAGCCAUAAUCAGAUCUCAAGGUUAAGGUACAGCUUUCUAGAAAAUGUCGAAAGCCUUCAGAUCCUCAACUUUGCCUACAACAAGCUGAAGCACUUCAGUGCAUCAUCCUUUACAACUGGUAGCAAUCACCAGCUGCAAGUACUCGAUCUGCAGAGAAAUCCCAUCCACUGCACGUGCAAUCUUUUAGACUUCAUUCUCUGGUUGGAAAAAAGUGACACGAUCCUUCCUCGGCUAGCAACCGAUGUCUUAUGCGACCUUCCAGAGUCCAAAAGAGGGCAUCCGAUGGUCAGUCUGGACUUUAAAAAUGCAUGCAUCAACAACAGCAUUGCUCAGAUUUUAUAUAUACUCACUUCGUCCAUCAUUACGCUUGUUAUGUGUACAACCAUUGGCAUACAUGUGUUCUACUGGGACAUAUCGUACGUUUAUAACUUCUGCAUGGCCAGAAUCAAAAGCUACUAUUUGAAGACGAAUGAUUGCAUCUAUGAUGCUUUUGUUAUGUAUGACACCAAGGAUCCAAUGGUGGCGGAGUGGGUACUCAAUCACUUGCGUUUUGAGCUAGAAGAUAGAGGAAGGCAUGUUCGGCCGCUUUGUCUGGAGGAAAGAGAUUGGACUCCUGGAAUACCAAUCAUGGAUAAUCUGAAUCUGAGCGUACACCGGAGUAGGAAGACCAUAUUUGUGUUGACGGAGGGAUUCGUUCACAGUGGGAUUUUCAAAAUGGCGGCUUUCCUAGCGCAACAACGGCUUCUUGAAGAGGGUGUGGAUGUGAUGGUGUUGGUUUUAUUGGAGCCGGUUCUUCGUCAGUCGAGGAUAUUAAACUUGCGACGCUGUCUGUGUGGACACAGUGUGCUGGAGUGGCCGAGAAACCCGGCGGCUGAAGGCUGGUUCUGGCAGAGUUUGAGAAACGCGGUUAGGUUUGAGAGUCAAGGUGUGCAAAGUAAAAUGUUUAAAAAUUACUUCAACGGAUGAUGAACUUGUUCAGAAGGAUAGUUUUUUUAAAACAAUGUUAACGAUAAGUUAAAAAUGCUUUGCUUAGUUGGAGUUUUUGUCUUGUUUCUAGUCCAAAUAUCUAAAGAUUCUUAGGGUGCUUUCACAUCUAGACUUUUGUUUCGGAACCUGUCUUGUUUCCCCAGUUAGCACGGUUUGUUUGGCAUAUGUGAAACCAGCAAUUGCGCUCGGAUCCGCGCCAAAACAAUCAGUCCGAGAUCGCCUGAAUGAGGUAGUCUCGGCUCGAUUGAAACGAAC